GGACCGGAAGCACAUGGCGAUUUGUAAAAUUAGGACCGAGAGGACGAUCGUAUCGUAAUCAUGCUUUCCAAAAAUAUUCUGCGUUUAAGGAUUCUUCGCCCCUUGCCACAGCAAGUCAACCAUCAUCAGACUCGAUACCGGAGUGACCUACCUAUAAACUAUGGGGUGUUAUUUGUACCUCAGCAAGAAGCUUGGGUAGUGGAAAGAUUUGGCAAGUUUUUGAGAAUAUUAGAACCUGGUUUGAAUUUCCAAAUUCCUGUGAUAGAUUCCAUUAGAUAUGUCCAAAGUUUGAAAGAGUUGGCCAUAAAUAUUCCUCAGCAAAGUGCUAUCACUGUAGAUAAUGUCACCAUAGCAAUAGAUGGUGUUCUGUACCUUAAAGUAAUGGAUCCAUAUAAAGCUAGUUAUGGUGUUGAAGACCCAGAAUAUGCCAUUACACAAUUAGCCCAGACAACUAUGAGAUCAGAAAUUGGUAAAAUUGAACUAGAUACAGUGUUCAGGGAGAGGGAGACCCUCAAUACAUGUAUUGUAGAGUCAAUAAACAAAGCUUCAAACUCAUGGGGAAUUGAAUGUUUGAGAUAUGAAAUUCGUGAUAUAAAAAUGCCAGAAAAGGUGGCAGAGGCUAUGCAGUUGCAGGUUGAAGCUGAAAGAAAAAAAAGAGCCUCCAUUCUGGAGUCAGAAGGUGUGAAAGUGGCUGAAAUUAACGUAGCAGAGGGCAAGAAACAGGCCACAAUUCUCGCCUCUGAAGCUGUGCGGACAGAGAAUAUCAACAGAGCUUUGGGUGAAGCAGAGGCUAUUUUAGCCAUAGCUAAUGCACGUGCAGAUGCAACACGGGCAGUUGCCAAAGCCAUUGGAGCUCAGAAUGGUAUGAAUGCAGUGUCCAUGACUGUUGCUGAGCAGUACAUCUCUGCAUUUGGCAAUCUGGCAAAGACUGGUAAUACUGUGCUUCUGCCAACAAACACAGGAGAUAUAAGCAGCAUGGUGGGGCAGGCAAUGACAAUAUACAAGACUCUAAGUACACCAUCUCAAACACAAUUAAUUGAAGAUGCUAAAGGUGCAGAGACUGCGGAAAAUGAAGAAGAGGAGAUUGAGACUCCAGCAGUGUCACCAGGGACAAGUGUGGAAGCAGAAAAUGAUAUAGGAUACAGUGAUCCCGACUCUUUAGGCCCACAUGAAGAACCUGAUCCUACAAAGGAGAAAAAUGACUAAUAAUGUAAUAUUUUAAUAUUAAGGAUUGGUGGAUAAUGUGUUGAAUCCGGAAAUAGUUCAUCUCCCAGUGAUGAAAGACCUCUUGUAUAUAUUUUAUUAGCUUAACACAAAACUAUCUUGUUAGUGAUAAACAUUGAUAAGGACUUGAUUUUGAGUGACUGAAUAAAGUAAAUAGCUUUAUUUAUAUUUCUCAGAGAAAAAAGUGCAAGGCUAUUUGUAUUCUGAUAACAUAAUUUGUAGCAAGUUGCUGUAUAGAUAAUAUUGUGUCAUUAUUCAACAAAUAGGUGUUUUUAGGCUAGACCAGAUAAGAAUCCAGUUUGAAACUAGCUUAGACCCAUCAGAAUUUUUGUUUGGAAUAGGUUAAAGAACGUUUCACCUGGGCAAGAUAAGAAAGGAAAGCAUCACUGCAUGUGUAUUCAUGACAGUAAUGGCACAUGUAUUCAUGACAGUGAUGUUGGGAUUAUACCUUUCGGAUUCCACACCAUUCAUAAAUAAUUUGUAAAUAAAAAAGUCUUUAUUCAUCAGGGUAUUAACCAGAAUAUCAACAUUUGAUAAAUGCCAUUUUGUUUGAAAAGUGAAAACUUUGUUAUUCAAGAAUUCUAGCCCUGAUCUAAGCUACGUGUAGUUCUAAAAUUAACUGGAUUCUGCUUGGGCCUUCAUAAUAAUUUGCCUGACUCAAAACAAAAUGAAUGGCUUGCUGUAUUAGAAUAAUCUAAAAAUAAAGAGAAACUUAUUAUUAUGUCAAUAUGACAUAAACAACAA